CUUCACCAUGGAUUUGCUCUCACUUUCAGCUUCUAACCCUUCAACUUCUUCUCUCUCGCUCUCUCGUUCUCCCUUCCGUACCCUCUUUCCAAAGCCACCCAUUUCUUCGUUUAACCCCAAAACCCAUUUUCCCCAAUCUUCAACCACCGUAACCCCACUCCGUUGCCACCUCACCUCCGCUUCCCCGGCACCCUCCAAAGCUGCAAACUUUGGGUCCCAAACGCGAAAACCUGGUAUCACUUUUCAGCUCUCGUCGCCCCAAACGCCGGCCACGGCCUUGAGAGGUGCCGAGAGCGACGUGAUGGGUCUGUUGUUGAGAGAGAGGAUCGUGUUCUUGGGCAGCAGCAUCGAUGACUUCGUUGCUGACGCCGUUAUGAGUCAGUUGUUGCUGUUGGAUGCUCAGGACCCAACCAAAGAUAUCAGGCUCUUCAUCAAUUCCCCUGGUGGUUCUCUCAGUGCUACGAUGGCUAUCUAUGAUGCCGUACAGCUUGUGAGGGCCGAUGUUUCCACAGUUGCACUUGGAAUCGCAGCAUCAACUGCGUCCAUCAUCCUCGGUGGCGGCACCAAAGGCAAGCGCCUUGCUAUGCCAAACACACGAAUUAUGAUUCAUCAGCCUCUUGGAGGUGCUAGCGGACAAGCUAUAGAUGUAGAGAUUCAGGCGAAAGAAGUUAUGCACAACAAGAACAAUGUCACAAGAAUUAUUUCAAGCUUCACCGGUCGCUCAUUCGAACAAGUCCAGAAAGACAUUGAUAGGGAUAGGUACAUGUCUCCAAUUGAAGCAGUUGAAUAUGGAAUCAUUGAUGGUGUAAUAGAUAGAGAUAGAAUUAUUCCUCUGAUGCCAGUUCCAGAAAGGGUGAAAUCAACACUGAAUUAUGAAGAAAUAAGUAAGGACCCUAAGAAAUUCCUGAACCCAGACAUCCCUGAUGAUGAGAUAUACUAGGUUUAUCAUGUUACAAUUACUGGUGCAUCAUUACAUGUUCAAAACUUAAAAAGUUUCUCUUUUGGUUAUAGCAGUUUACAACAUUUUGGCUUAACGAUUAGGAUUGUUAUGAUUGCCACUUUUUGGUUGUUAAGAAUUGUAAUCUAAUUAUGGGAAAAUUUGUUAUUUGAUGUUUAUUCAUCAUGUUUAUUGUUAUAAAGCUCUUAUUGUUCAA